CGGGGGCGGGAUUAUGGAGAAGUGCGGUCCAUCUAUGUUGAUCUAAAAAACUGGACUAACAGAGAGUCGCUUACCUUGCCCUUCGCAUGGAUUAAUUUUUGUUUUAUACCGAGGGGAGAAAAAAAAAGUUUUUCAGCGUGGGGAAAUUGUUUUUAAAAAAAAAAAGAAAAAGAGAAGCUGCCUUCAAGUCCACUGGCUCGGAAAAAAAUUGUCGACCUGGCUCCAACAUUUUGGGCCCCCUCUGCUGCUGCACAAAGUGAAGGUUGAUAUGCCACAUCAGUGAUGGAGCCCAUGACGGUGACGACGUCGGUGGUCGGACCGGACGAGUUCGACCGCAACGCCCCGCGGAUCUGUGGCGUGUGCGGUGAUAAGGCCACCGGCUUCCACUUCAAUGCCAUGACCUGUGAGGGCUGCAAGGGGUUCUUCAGGCGCAGCAUGAAGCGUAAAGCUUCCUUCACCUGCCCAUUCAACGGAAGCUGCACCAUCACCAAGGACAACCGGCGUCACUGCCAGGCCUGCCGUCUCAAGCGCUGCAUCGACAUCGGCAUGAUGAAAGAGUUCAUCCUGACGGAUGAGGAGGUUCAGAGGAAGAAAGAAAUGAUAUUGAAGAGGAAGGAGGAAGAGGCGGCCCGGGAGGCGAUGAGGCCACGGCUGAAUGAGGAGCAGGCCCGGAUCAUUUCCUGCCUGGUGGAAGCUCACCACAAGACCUACGAUGCCUCCUAUUCCGACUUCUCCCGCUUCAGGCCUCCGGUGCGUGAAGGCCCAGUAACACGCAGUGCCAGCAGAGCCGCCUCCCUUCACUCUCUGUCUGAUGCUUCCUCUGACUCAUUCAACCACUCUCCUGAGUCAGUGGACACCAAGAUGAACUUAAGCAACUUGUUAAUGAUGUACCAGGAUGGAGCCAGCAGUCCGGACUCCAGUGAAGAGGACACCAAGCUUUCCAUGCUGCCCCACCUGGCUGACCUGGUCUCCUACAGCAUCCAGAAGGUCAUUGGUUUUGCCAAGAUGAUUCCAGGCUUCAGAGAGCUGACAGCAGAGGACCAGAUUGCUCUGUUAAAGUCAAGUGCCAUUGAGAUCAUCAUGCUGCGUUCCAACCAGUCAUUCAGUCUGGAGGACAUGUCCUGGAGCUGUGGAGGACCUGACUUCAAAUACUGUAUCAAUGACGUUACAAAGGCGGGUCACACUCUGGAACUGUUGGAGCCACUGGUAAAGUUCCAGGUUGGUCUGAAGAAACUCAACCUGCACGAAGAGGAACACGUGCUGCUCAUGGCCAUCUGCCUGCUCUCCCCAGAUCGUCCGGGUGUGCAAGACCACGCCCGCAUUGAGCAGCUCCAGGACCGUCUGUCAGAGGCACUGCAGGCCUACAUUCGGGUCAACCACCCCGGUGGACGCCUCCUCUACGCCAAGAUGAUCCAGAAGCUGGCUGACCUGCGCAGCCUGAACGAGGAGCACUCCAAGCAGUACCGCUCGCUCUCUUUCCAGCCCGAGCACAGCAUGCAGCUCACCCCGCUGGUGCUGGAAGUGUUUGGCAGUGAGGUGUCAUAGCAGAGAAGGAGGCAAGCACAUAUACAUGUACACCCUCAUCACACACAGGAUGAAUAACCAACCCUUACCGCCUUUUCCCCAAGAAAACCCCAGCCUUGAUACAUCCCUGGACCUGUGGGAGAAAGAUGGAUUAUCAGAUAGGUAGACAGUAACCUCCACCUCUGCAUCAUUGGCCCAUCCUCCUCCUCCUCCUCCUUCUCCUUUUCCUCUUCCUCUUGACCUCAAGGAGCAAGACUCAGAUGCCUGGACCUCUGGAAUUAUCGAUUCAAGACACCUUGAUAGGCUGUGGAUUUCUGCAGCGCUUGGAUAGGGUUUGCAAACACAGUGCCGCAUUACGUUUCAUUGUGUCACACGGAGAUAUCCUGACUCAUAGACAUCUGGAACAGAUGGACAACCCGAUCCCCUCCACGGCCACAAACUCCAAAUUUGCCUUUUUUCAUCACCACCUGUCCCCAGACAUCACUUCUAGAUUCCUGCCUUUUUUUUUUUUACAGUGGAGACAGCUUGAUGGAUGUGACUGUCGCAUCCUUUUUACCUUCAUCCUCAUAACAUUGCUUCAUGUUCACAUCAUCGUGAUGACAGACAGGAAGAGAUACACAGUUUUACAUCUAUUAACCCUGCUGGUACAUUUAUCUGUGAGGUGCAGAUAAAUUGCUAGUAAUGUUACUACAGUAGUGUUAGAUAGCUAUAAACUAUCGUUGAUUUACAGUUUGUUAACAGCAAAUACAUCCAAAUAUAUUACAAAUCAAUAUAGCCAGCCAUGGGCAAGCUUACAGUAAUGGUAAUACUUGGUUCACUGGUUUAAAAAUACUGAAGAUGAAAGUCUAGCAGAUGUGUAUUCCUACUAAGCUCUGUGUAUCUGUGUAGGAGAGGUCUCAUAUGAUCAGAUGAAGUGAAGAAAGGAAGUUUACGUAGGAAAGUUUCAGUUUAACAGUGGUGGGAAGAAAGGUGAAAUUUGGAGGAAUGAGUAAAGGAGACUGGAUAGAUGGAGGGAGAUGCUACGGUUGGAAUUCCCUGCUUCACGAGACAAAAGGGAAUUUCGCAAAGCAAGAAUGUAUGUAUAAUUCUAUAUAAAUAUAAAUGAUACGUAUAAGCUGAUAUAUAUAUAUAAAUAUAUAUAAAUAUAUUUAAGAGAGCAAAACAUGGUUGCUUCCAUGGAAGCAAAUAGUUCUGAGUGUUGUAUAAUGUAGAGGAUUUGAAGGCCCCUCCUCAGUUGAGUGUAUAUGUGUAAUCUUUCACAAGACAAAUGUAUACACACACGAGAAAGCGCUGAGAAGUGUGUGAGGAGUCCUUCUAUUUUUGUGGUGUGUGUACAGUAUAUGAGAAUAUUGAUGGACCACAAGGGGGUUUGUGUACAGGCUCUGAGUGAGGGUUUAGUGCAGGGAAGCACUUCUCUUUUGGAUUUUGUCGUUAUUGGACCUGUGAAGUUUAUAGACUGACAUACGCCAACACAACAUCAUGUUUCGUGGAUAAUGAUUAUCCAAAAAAAAUAUUUGUUUGGCUGGUUAGAUUGCUGCUAAGACAGUUAGAGCCAGAUAGUUGGAUAGAAACCAACUACCGGCUGUUGCCUCAGGGAAAAGUUUGUCUGAUGUGUACUCGGUGUUUACGGUGUGUGUGGCGUAAGCUUACAAUCAUGAGACGGAGAUUGUUUUUGAAGCUCUAGGCAUCACUGUGAUUUCUAAUCAUACUAGAUAACAGCAUAAGUAAGCUAAAAGUGAAACUUUUUAAAACAAUGAUUAGUAUAAGAUUUUCAUUCCUAAGCUUCUAUUCAAAAAAAAAAAAAAUAGAAACUCCUCUGGUUUGCAUAUUCAUACAAUGCAUUAGAGAUCCUUAAAGUUAAAGCUGACAUACCAAGUAAAUGGCUACUUUUAAAAAUACAAAGUCAUCUGUGUUAAAACAUCGCUUGAUUAAUAUCAGCCUUAACUUUAGUUUGUUUUUUUCUUUUUUCAGGGCAAAGUGAAUAUUCUACAGAUGGUAGCAAUAUACAUUAGUUGAACAACGUGUAGCCUUUAGUGUGUUUGGAAUGAAAUCGUUCAGAUGCUCUUAACAGAAAACAUGGGAAAGAACUUUUUUAUAUUCUACACAAAAUCAAGCCUCAUACCGUUCUGUCAUAUUUAUAUCAUUUCAACACCAGCCGCAUAAGCGAGGUUUUAGGAUGUUGCUUUUCAACAUCACUACAUAUCAUAUCACUUUCUGUUGACACAGUGCAUGCUCUGCCCUCAUGCAGGCCUGGAUCACCCCCUUGUGGACAAACUUUGUAAAUACCACUUGCUAAGUCUGUACAUAGUUAGAGAUUAAUGUAGGCAAAAUACUAAGAGAAUUCAAGUGUUGAUGGCAAGAUGCUCUGGAGAUACAGCACUAUAUGCAAUUAGGAGAUGGACUCUUUUGUUAUAUUUAACUAGAAUGUACAGAGGCGGCAAUCCUGGUGAAGGUACUGAGUUGUUUCAGGGAGCACUGAAGAAAACUGCCGGAUUUGUGUUCGACCAGUACGGCUUUUGGCAAGCUGAUAUUUUUGACUGAAAAUGUUAGCAUCCGAUAUUCGCAAAUUCAAAUUAGACCAAUUUCGCCCCAACAAAAUACUGAUUCUAGGUUUUUCACAGACCAAGAAGGCAGCUUGGUCAUGCCAAACUGGCCAAUAAAGUCCCCAGUGAAGGGGCCAGUAUCGGUCCAACCCUGUUUCGGAUGAUGGUCUCAUUGAAAUUAGUAUUCGUCCAGUGAUGGGACUCUGAAACUUAAUGUGUUAAAACUGCAAAGGCUUCAUGUAACUGAACAUUCCCAGUGGUGGUUGUGUUGAGCAUUCCAGCUGGCUGAGUCUCAAUCGGGAUCUACACACAAACCAUCAGUGUGAACAUCCUUAACUCUCCGGCAGCCUUUUAAAGGCGCCCAGCAACUCAGUAUGCUGCCACAGGAGGUGUCCUCUCUGUCCGUUCCAAGCUUAUGGAUGUACGUCUUUUCUCUUUCUCUCUCUUUCUAAAGUCAAUCGAUAAGCUUUUGACAAUUAUACAGUAUAUCCAUAGUAUUUUCAUUUUGGUGAAAAUCUUUUAUUUCCCCACCUCUUUUCUUUUGUUCUUUUCAAGAUUGUCAAUUUUAACGUGUCAGAAUUUGCUGUCUAGCUAGUGCUUGGCUUUCUGCGCUGGGACGUCCUUUUAAUGAAGCAGAGAUGAGCAAAGUGGACUCCUGGAGCCUUUUCCAAGUGCAAAUGAUCAAGCUCCCCUUCCCUGGUGUCCUUGAUUUCACCUGAGCGAAUAUGGAAGGGCCCUUUUUAAUUAACGAUGUGGCUUUACCUUCUUGUUUGGACAGGGAAGGGACACUGGCACUCAUUCUCCAUCCUUUUCCUAAUGGAAUAACGAAAGACUUGUCAGUGCAGCCAUGUUACACCUGGAUCUGUAACCUGAUGGGAAGGAACACAGCGGAGCUGAGUCUCGGUUAAUGGAAAGGCAGUCCUCGGCUCUGUAAUAAGAAAAAGCUACAUCUGCUUUUCCAGAAGCAGGACGUCAAACACAAUCAAGCUAUCAUAAACUAACACUGCCUCAAAUGACUGACACAGGAUUUAGCCAAUGGCAAACUGUCGUAGCAACAGCAUGGGCGUGCCUCUUCAUUCAUCAUCCAACCAUCUAACCGCCUCUUCUUCUGCAAUAGCCAAUUACAGCAGGAUUACUCUUCAUAGCUUUAACUCGGCAGCCAGUCAGGCUCUGCUUUUGGGAAAACUGUGGUGCACCAAGGGCUGAUGGGAGUCUGAGAUUUCACCGGAACAGCUGCUGUGGAAUUGGACGUGUGAUGGCGUGCAUUAUAAUGUAGACGUGGCUCCUUUGUCCUGUGUGACCCCCGAAAACCUUUGGAUUGGACAUCCAGAAGACUGUGUAAAAUUUGUUUAGAAGAUCAUAGAAGAUAAAGUUGUUUUUUGUCUUUUUUUUAAAAAAUGAGAAUCGCCACAGGCAGACGUAGUGACGUGCCGUACAGCCAGAGUGUGCAGUGACUGACGAGAUGUCGCCUCCUAAACCCAAAGUGUGACAUUACCUUUCUCACUACUCUGUCUCGCAUCGCAGCUCUUAAAAUUUUUAAAGAAUAGUUGUUGAAUGAUAUAUAUAUAUAUAUAAAAAAGUGGACUUUUUACAUACAGCAUCAACACCUGCAUCAUCUGUAUGAAAGGGGAUGCAGGACUGGGUGUUGGGGUGAGAGUCGGCUCAGUUUUUAAGGGUCCUGAGAGUGAAACAUCACUGAUGUAACUUUUUUUUUUUUUUUUUUACUCUGUGGAUAAUUUCUUCAUUUCAACUAUUAAUGGUAAAGUUUGAGGUUGUACAUGGAGCAUGUUACACCUGCAGGACAGAUCUGGCUGUCCAUAUUUACACUAACGCUUAACGUGUCGACUGUCGCUGAUAUUAGAAGCCAUUAGCGCUCAAAUGGACCCAAACAAAGCUGAGGUCUCUCCCCCCCCUCACCCCUCCUCCCCUCAACCCAGGUCAGCAGCUCCACCUCAGUAGCCUUACUUACAGAAACCUCACUCAGCUGGAAACAUUAAACAGAUACCUCAAUCAUUUACAGAAUGACUUUUUACAAUAGCUUUUAAGGGAACCAAACAUAAUUUCAUACUGCACACAUACACUCAACAGACACACUACAACUCUCUCCUCAAUCUUUACAGUGUUUUUACAGCAAACAUACAGUAAACCAGUUGCCAGUUGUUGUAUGAAGAAGAUUGUCCUGUAUAAUCCUGUUGCCAGUAGACCAGUCAGUAGACUCGUAGUCAGUGGAUCCCAAUGUUUCUAAAUGUUAACUGUCUCUCUCUCUUUCUCUGCUUUACUCACUUGAUCCUCAUCUCUGCGUCAUCCUGUAUUUUCAGUCUUUGUUGUCUCUCUGUCUCUACAAACAGAUGACGUGCCGCUAAGCUUUGGCGCCGCGUUUAACCGAACAUACUACCUCUCCCUUCCGCACAUAUAAAUAUAUAUAUAUAUAUUUUAUUUUUAUUUUUUUCUUUUUGCAGCAUGAUUUUAUUAUAAAGCAUCCGUUUUCAUUUUAACACUAAUUUAGAAGGGUUUUUGUGUAUAUGUACAGUGUAUUCCUUUUUAACUCUUUUCUCUUUUCAAAUGCUGGAUGAUUUUUACCUCAAAUCUCAAUAUAAGCCUACAAAUCUUCAAGUCAGUAAAAUCAGAGGCCUCUUUAGUAUCACUUCACCACUGCAGUGUGUAAAUGCAUUUUAAAAACUUUGCAUGUGGGUAAGGCUACGUUCACAUAACAGCUGAAAGUGCCCAGAUUCUUUUUUUUUGUUUUAUAUAUAUAUGAAUGAAAAAAAAAGGUAAUGUUGCUAUAUAUUACAGAUUUAUAUUUUGGCCAUGGUGAAAACUGGAAGAACCAUCCUGUAGAGUGUUAGAAGGUAAAAAAAAAUAAAUAUCUCAAGAAAGCAAAUCCCCAAAUCUGUGUUAAAGCAGACUUUUAAAAAAGGAUUAAAAGAGACACUUGGUUGAAAAGGUUUAUUAAUUAAAGGGAAAUAGAUGGUAAAAAAAAAAAAAAAAGAAUC